AUGACUUUCAUUAAUGUCGACCUACGCGCGGUUGCAACCAAUCCUUACUACUUCCCAUCGCUGCUCGCAACAAACGUAUCCGAGCCGGCGAUAUCAUUCCUAUCUUUUGACCGUGUGUUCCAACAAAAGAUAUUUGGUCCUCAGGUCAGAGCUCACAAAAUAGCUGAUCUACCAUGGGAGGCCUUCCACGAAGCCGGCAUCUAUAACAAAGAAAAACAUUCUAUGUAUAUAACCUCUAACUUCAACCAACGCACCCCUGAGGACAACAUCAAUAUCACCAUCGUCAGCCUCGAUGACUAUAGCAUCACAUCAACCCAAUUUCCUAAUCUUUGGGAAGCCAAUGGCGGCUCAAGCUGGUAUCCACCAGGCUCUGACACGAACAAGCCAGCGACCUACCAAGUCUACUGUGACGAGGGUGACUUGGAGCACUACUCCAGCCUAGUCUCUGUAAACCCAAUCACUAAUGAAUCAACAAUCAUCCUUAACAACUACCUAGGACGCAACUUCUCAUCCAUCAAUGAUGUACGCCAGCACCCACACACCGGUGACCUUUGGUUUACCGACGCCGCAUAUGGCUACUUCCAGUUCUUUCGCCCCGUGUCCACGAUUCCGCAAAUGGUCUACCGCUUUGCACCCGGAACAGGCGAAUUGGUAGUCGUCGCAGACGGAUUCGAUCAACCGAAUGGUCUGGAAUUCAGCCCGGAUUAUAAAACACUCUAUGUGUCUGAUACAGGUGCAAGGCACUAUGACUCGAACAGCACGCGCCCAGCGACGAUAUAUGCGUUCGAUAUCGACGACGCGAAGCGUUUGUCAAACAGGCGUACGUUCGCAUAUAUUGAUAAAGGAUUUCCGGAUGGCAUUCAUACGGACACGGCGGGCAAUGUUUGGGCUGCGUGUGGUGAUGGUGUGCAUGUUUUUGAUCCGGCUGGCAAGUUACUUGGUAAGGUAUUCAUUGGUGAGACAAGCAAUAACUUUGCAUUCUUACCGAAUGGGUUGUUGGUGUUCAGCAACAGCCGUCUAUGGCUCGUCGAUGGACUGAAUGUACUAGGUCGAGAAGUAUGCAAGGACUUUGGGAAGGGGUGUGGGAAAUGACUAGGCCAAGACGACGAAGAGACCGCUCACGAUGAGCUCUGAAAGUACCUUUAUGGAAGACAUGACUAUACAAGACUAGAUAUAUAGUAUGCAUGGUUCAGCGCCAGUUGAGUCCAUAGACCGCUCUCCGUACACACACAAAAUACUCAACAACCACGAUCGUCUCUUUCUGGC